UGUAGAAAAAGAGCCUCUUUGACUAGACUUUCCAAGCAAACUCUUUUAGACAAUUUCCUCCCACUUUACAGCCUUUCGAAUACGCAAAACUCAUUGACUCAUUGACUCUAACAUCUAUAAAUUUCCUACUUACCCAACCUUAAAUCUCACAACCCAAGCACUGCAUUGCAUAGUUGCACAUACGUACCCAAAACAAGCAUGGCAGCCAAAAUAGUGUCAGUUCUAUUCCUGAUUUCUCUCUUAAUCUUUGCUUCAUUCGAGUCCUCUCAUGGCUCCCAAAUUGUCAUAUACUGGGGCCAAAAUGGUGAUGAAGGAAGUCUUGCUGACACUUGUAACUCCGGAAACUACGGUACCGUGAUCCUAGCUUUCGUAGCUACCUUUGGUAACGGGCAAACCCCGGCGCUGAACUUAGCUGGGCACUGUGACCCUGCUACAAAUUGUAACAGUCUGAGCAGUGACAUCAAAACAUGCCAACAGGCAGGCAUUAAGGUACUCCUCUCUAUAGGAGGUGGUGCCGGAGGCUAUUCUCUUUCCUCAACCGAUGAUGCAAACACAUUUGCUGAUUACCUCUGGAACACUUAUCUUGGGGGUCAGUCCAGCACCCGACCCCUUGGAGAUGCAGUUUUGGAUGGUAUUGAUUUCGAUAUCGAGAGUGGUGAUGGCAGAUUUUGGGAUGACCUAGCUAGAGCAUUGGCAGGUCAUAACAAUGGUCAGAAAACAGUGUACUUAUCAGCAGCUCCUCAAUGUCCCUUCCCAGAUGCCAGCUUAAGCACUGCCAUAGCCACAGGCCUAUUCGACUAUGUAUGGGUUCAGUUCUACAACAACCCCCCUUGUCAAUAUGAUACCAGCGCUGAUAAUCUCUUGAGCUCGUGGAACCAGUGGACUACAGUACAAGCUAACCAGAUCUUCCUCGGACUACCAGCAUCAACUGAUGCUGCCGGCAGUGGUUUUAUUCCAGCAGAUGCUCUUACAUCUCAAGUCCUUCCCACUAUCAAGGGUUCUGCUAAAUAUGGAGGAGUCAUGCUAUGGUCAAAGGCAUAUGACAGUGGGUACAGCAGUGCUAUUAAAAGCAGUGUUUAAUUUAAAUUACUAGUGUAUCCAAAGAUAUAGGUACAAAAUAAGUUAUAGAGAUACAUCAAAAAACCAUCUUAGUUUUAAAUUUUUUAUGCACCACAAAAGCUUGUAAUACUAAUAUACUAUUAUCAUAAAUGGCUUAUUGCCUCGCUAUAUUUUGGUGAUUAUUAUAUACACAGUUACAACUUCGCAAUUAUGCGAGUCUUUCUAAA